GUAUGGAAGACCCUGGUUCUUUAACAGACCAGUAAAAAGAGAAGAUGGGAGAAGACAACAUGAGCACCUCCACCAGCACAUGGACCCUCAUCCACCCGUCAGGAAGCCCUCAUGACCUCAUGACCCCGAAUUACGACAUCCCUCUGGACUACGAGGUCCCGGUGGACGAGAUCCCGGACACGACUCAGGGACGCGCGUUCUUCGUGGCCACCAUUGUCAUCGCGGUGGUCUUGGUCUCCAUCAUGCUGGUCUGCGGCGUUGGGAAUUGCAUCUUUAUUGCCUCAUUGGCGCGUUACAAAAAACUCAGGAAUCUCACUAAUUUACUCAUCGCCAACUUGGCAGUAUCAGACUUCCUGGUGGCGACUGUGUGCUGCCCGUUUCUGGUGGAUUAUUACGUGGUCAAACAGCUGUCAUGGGAUCACGGGAUUGUGCUUUGCGUCUCCAUUAACUACCUCAGGACGGUGUCUCUCUACGUGUCCACCAAUGCCCUGCUAGCCAUCGCGGUGGACAGGUACAUGGCUAUCGUUCAUCCUCUGAAGCCCCGGAUGAGGUUUCAGACAGCGUACUGGCUAAUUUUUGGGGUUUGGAUUAUCCCAGUCCUCAUCGCGGUGCCGUCGGCCUACUUCGCCACCGAACACGAGUACCCGCACAGCGCGCUCGGGCACGACAAGAAGAUCUUCUGCGCCCAGAUCUGGUCUGCGGACCAGCAGGUCAUGUACCGCUCCUACUUCCUCUUCAUCUUCAUCGUGGAGUUCUUGGGGCCCGUGGUCACCAUGUCAGUCUGCUACGCGCGGAUCUCAAAGGAGCUUUGGUUCAAGAGUGUCCCGGGAUUUCCGACGGACCAGCUGCGUAAGCGACUCCGGCGACGGCGCAGGACAGUCGUGGCGCUGAUCGCGGUUCUGGUGGCGUAUGUGUUGUGCUGGACGCCGUAUUACAGCUUCACGUUGUUACGCGACUUCUACCCGGCGCUGAUCACGCGCGGACGCAACUCGCUGGUCGUCUUCUACAUCAUCGAGUGCAUCGCUAUGAGCAACGGGGUCAUUAACACUCUGUGUUUUGUGAGCGCUAGGAACAAUGCGGCAAAGUGCCUCGGAGCCGUCAAACUCUCAAACUGGCGCUCGCUAACUAGGGCGAUAGUCGGCAAGAUGGCGGAAGACGACAUUAGGACUUCAUCCUUGAGAGUGACCGAGGAUGUGGAAUGUACACAAAUUAAGUGAACGGAUGAGACGGGACAAUACACAGAAGGUUUGGUGGUCUACUUUGGAAGGAUCCGCACAG